GGUUGAAAGUCAAAACAAGUCCUUUCUCUCUGUGUACUCUUAACUCUUUGCGGAUCUCUUUGCGGCUUUUUUCAGUGUUUUACUUUAGCUUUUGGCGAUUUUUCCUUUUUGUAUUCUUCGUCCCCAAUGCAGCCUGUGUGACAUUCGUUUCGGUUUUUUAAAGGACAAAAUUGGCCAAGUACGGGGCUGGAUGUUGUGACAUUUCGACAUGGUUCGAGAUAAUAUAGAAGACAUCGGGAGUGCCUCAACUUUGUUACAAGGUGAGCUUAAUCUUGAUUCUUGUAGCUUCAUCACUUAUAAUUACUUAUCACGUGGCUUAUAUAGAACUUCACUAAUAUUAUGUUUUUGUAUAUAUAUAGUGCAAGAGCAACAUUCGUCCAUUACGACUAUUACUGUCUGACAUAACUCUAAGCAGCUCUAAACAAUAAUCAAUUCUUCUUCUCUGACAUUUUCAACUUCUGUUCGUUUUUCACCUUUACCUUUAAUUUUAUUCAUAGAAUCAAGCUUAAAAGUUAUCAUUUAGGCUUAUCGCAUGGAACAGUGUCGUGCAGGUCGAUGGCUUACGGCACUCCCCUGAUUUUGUUCUCUUUUACAGCUCUUGUAAAAGACUUGCGUCAAAACCAGAACAACGAGGAAAGAGUCACAGCACUGGCAGAUCGAAUAACCAACCUUGCAAACAGAAUGCAUAAGCUCUCAUUUGAUAGAAGUGAAAAUAAUGCAGUGUUAAUUCAGAUACACAGUUGUUCUGUUACACUUUGGAAUAUUGCUGUGGCAAUGAAGACUGGUGGAACAACAGGCGCAAUUUCAAAUGCACGAUGUAAGAUCCAGUCUGCGUCUGUGUGUUUAAUAAGGUUUCUCAGCUUCAUUCACGCUUAAGUCACACUCUCGAUAUACAGUACGCGUACAGCAUACGGUAAAAUCCCGAAAAAAAGGAACAUCAUCAUAGGUUUGCCUGGUUUAUUCUCACAGAUCAGAUUGAUGUAUUGAUUGUCACGAUAUAUCUUGUAUGGUCUGGUUACAGUUAGAGUCAACAAGAGUCGGAUUUUUUAAAUUUUGUUUUUUCUAGGUAAAUAAAGUACGUUUAAUUCGUUUUGAUUCUUCUUCGAGUUUAUUUUUAGGUUAUAAUUCCCCUGAGUUAAUAUAAGCCCAUCUAAAAACCCUUACGAAAUUGUACUAGACCAGCCUGAGGGCUCACACCCUCUCUCAAAUAAUAGUCUAAUUAAAUGGUCUCUGCGAUUUUUUUACACGCGAAUGAGCAACUACUGACUACUAAUAAGAAUUUAGAGGCAUGUAAUAUUGCAAACUUAUAAUGACAGCUUGUUGUUUAUAUAUUAGUUAAGAACAACUUUGCCCUUUUUGAUUUCAGUAAGGCAUGCAGCUUGUAACCUGUCAUUUUUGGCAAAUGCUUCCGAAACAAGUGAGGUGACAUACAGAAAACAACUCGUGGUGAGAACAAAGAAAUGUUCAGUUUUAUCAUUCUCACGAUCCUUCUUUCGUCGGCUUCGUCUCAAGCAAGAUACUAUGUAAUUUCUUACCUAUUAAAAAGCCACAAAGAUACGGUAUCUAAUCUUUUAGUAUUAUUAUUUUUCAUUUAGAUGACAACAAAAACCGGAAAAGCCUGGCUGGGUAAGUCAAACUCGGUAAUAUCAUGAUUAAAUUCACUCGCGUUCAACCCAAAAAUGUCCAAUUGUUCACUUAAACACGUAACUGUAACCGAAACAAGAUGCUUAGAGGACAAAAAAAUUCCAGUGCGUAAAUAAGAAUGGAAUACUCAAAUUAAAGUUGAAAGGCAAAAUUUAAACUUACAACGCGAUCUUAUUGAUUUCUUUUCAUUUUUAGUAUUCUCACCAUAGUACAAUUCCAAGUCCGUAGCCAGACACUCGGCAUAGACUAUUUGGUAUAGCUUUACAUGGCCUUGAAAACGUAUAGUUACUACUACCCCCAUUCUUUCCCUUUAAAAAGUGAUAUGAAGUAUAGAGCGUUUUUACUCACGUGGCCAGCAUCUAUGCUAAUUUAUUGGAACAAAAGAAACCAUUUACAUGAGAAAAGAGUUAAACUCCCAGAGGAUUUACUGGGUACACCAACAUGGCCGCUGUUUCGUUGUUUUGGAACACCAAUAUGGCCGCCGUGACGUCAUGUGAAAACGCUCUAUUACUUGUAUGUGAAAUUGAUCGUCGCAGCCCGAUCGGCACUUGGAAAUCCAAAAAUCCAAAAAUCCGGCGUCAGUUUAAUGCAUUAUCCAGUAAGAACGCCGGCCACGCACAUUACAGAAAUCUUGCGACAAUUCAACAUUCAAGUUGCUUUGAGCUGCUUAACUCUUUUUGUAUUUUAGAAUGUCAAAACCCAGCCAUGGCAGAGGAGUGCCUUGCGUUAGCAUCAGAGGUACGUUUUAGAAUACUCCCUACCAGAACUGUACAGUGCUCGGCAAUCAAAUUUUAACACUUACUUUUAAACCAUUACGUAAAAAGUUGUUUAACUACAUAAAUUUGUAACGGGUGCUAAAUGCGGUCAUUGCACGUACGCAUAGUGUUUCAAUCAGCUAAUAAUCCCCUUUUAAGGGGUUGCUGUACUGGAAAAUAAAUCUCUCAUUUUUUCCUGAACCUGUUUCGUAUCUCGGCAUCGUUCUUAAUUUUGGCUUCUUUGACAAAGAAGUUAAAGUUACAUUUUACAUCUUUUAUUUUUGAGUGUCGAAAGUUAGGGUAUUUGGUGUUUGCUUGUUCUGUAAGUUUGGUUAAAAGCGUCCACGCCACUUCUAAGCCAAUCAGAAAUAGGACAAAACUAAACUACCAUAAUUCGACCAAAAAAUCAGUCCGAGGCUUCUGGUGUUUGCCAAAGGAACUUCUUUGAUUUUAGUUUAACGACUUUCACAUGUAGUCAUUACUGUCCGACUUCAUGUCCGGUGGUCAGAGCAAGUAUUGUACGAUGGUUAAAUUUGUUUCCCAAGACAGUAAACUUUGUCACUUUGAACUCAUGAAGGGUAUAAAUUGUAUUGGCGUCCUACUGCAGGGGUUUCCUAAGUGAUGGAAUGGCAUCCAGCCCUGAAGGAAAGAGGUGGCGGUGGAGUGAUACUCCCGGGUGUAACAUACUUGAACGUCAUUCUAUACUUUUUUUGCUUGGAUAAUUGCCAUAAUUGGACUCCAAUCUUUUUUUGUGUUGGUUGUUNCGGCGUCAGUUUAAUGCAUUAUCCAGUAAGAACGCCGGCCACGCACAUUACAGAAAUCUUGCGACAAUUCAACAUUCAAGUUGCUUUGAGCUGCUUAACUCUUUUUGUAUUUUAGAAUGUCAAAACCCAGCCAUGGCAGAGGAGUGCCUUGCGUUAGCAUCAGAGGUACGUUUUAGAAUACUCCCUACCAGAACUGUACAGUGCUCGGCAAUCAAAUUUUAACACUUACUUUUAAACCAUUACGUAAAAAGUUGUUUAACUACAUAAAUUUGUAACGGGUGCUAAAUGCGGUCAUUGCACGUACGCAUAGUGUUUCAAUCAGCUAAUAAUCCCCUUUUAAGGGGUUGCUGUACUGGAAAAUAAAUCUCUCAUUUUUUCCUGAACCUGUUUCGUAUCUCGGCAUCGUUCUUAAUUUUGGCUUCUUUGACAAAGAAGUUAAAGUUACAUUUUACAUCUUUUAUUUUUGAGUGUCGAAAGUUAGGGUAUUUGGUGUUUGCUUGUUCUGUAAGUUUGGUUAAAAGCGUCCACGCCACUUCUAAGCCAAUCAGAAAUAGGACAAAACUAAACUACCAUAAUUCGACCAAAAAAUCAGUCCGAGGCUUCUGGUGUUUGCCAAAGGAACUUCUUUGAUUUUAGUUUAACGACUUUCACAUGUAGUCAUUACUGUCCGACUUCAUGUCCGGUGGUCAGAGCAAGUAUUGUACGAUGGUUAAAUUUGUUUCCCAAGACAGUAAACUUUGUCACUUUGAACUCAUGAAGGGUAUAAAUUGUAUUGGCGUCCUACUGCAGGGGUUUCCUAAGUGAUGGAAUGGCAUCCAGCCCUGAAGGAAAGAGGUGGCGGUGGAGUGAUACUCCAGGGUGUAACAUACUUGAACGUCAUUCUAUACUUUUUUUGCUUGGAUAAUUGCCAUAAUUGGACUCCAAUCUUUUUUUGUGUUGGUUGUUUUGUUUUACUUUGAAGUGCUGGGAUGGAUUGCAAAAGGUGUGGUCAUUAAAUGAGAUGCAGUCAUCAUCAACGGAACAGGUCAAAAACAUUGCAGAAAGUGAGCGCUACAUAUUCCGUGUCUUUUGCUACAGAGCUGAAGCCGUGAGUAGUUUUCACUUAAAUUGCACAUCACGAAAAGUUUACGAGAACAAGCUUUUAAAACUAGCCUUUAAUUUUUUAUUCGUUGCGUUUUAGGGUUUUCUAAAGAUCCAGGAAACGUUGCCACUUAUGAUAGUGAGGAGCGUGUUUUUUUAAUUUUUAAUGGUUUGUAUGUUCAUUUACAGAGCUUUUCGCUGAAAAAUUACGACUCAGCUAGCUUUUAUGUUAGGAAAGCCAGAGAAUACUUGCCAAGACUAACUUUAAAAGAGGUGAGGGACGAUACGUGCUAUAGGCACUUUAUAUAUUUUGCCAUGUGAUUAAAAAACUGGUAAUGUGCUCCUUUUCCUCCGUACCGAAGAGCAUUUCCUUGGCACAGCUGUGUUACAAUUUUGGUGUUGAUACCUACUACCGUGAGGAAUACGAGAAUUGCAUCGGCUGGCUCAGGUAGGCAUUAUUCUGGUAAAUUAAGUCCAACAAAUAAAUCACACCAGUUGAGUGCGGUACAAACCACACCUUCACAUAGUAAUCAACUUGACCCAUGUCUCAAAGAGGAAUAUUUAACUCAUCUUAUAAUUAUCAGGGAUGGAUCUUCUGAUAAAAACCAAUCUCGUAACGUACUAAAGUAGACUUUUCUCACUUUAAAUUGUUUUUUGCUCAGGCAAAGUUAUGAUCUAAGAAAAGAAAGUAAUCCCUUUGGAGCAAAAAAGGAGGUAUGUGAUUACAAUUAUUUCUUGUACGAAAGAUCUAUUGUCAAUAAUGGAAUGUUUGCUNAAUACUUGCCAAGACUAACUUUAAAAGAGGUGAGGGACGAUACGUGCUAUAGGCACUUUAUAUAUUUUGCCAUGUGAUUAAAAAACUGGUAAUGUGCUCCUUUUCCUCCGUACCGAAGAGCAUUUCCUUGGCACAGCUGUGUUACAAUUUUGGUGUUGAUACCUACUACCGUGAGGAAUACGAGAAUUGCAUCGGCUGGCUCAGGUAGGCAUUAUUCUGGUAAAUUAAGUCCAACAAAUAAAUCACACCAGUUGAGUGCGGUACAAACCACACCUUCACAUAGUAAUCAACUUGACCCAUGUCUCAAAGAGGAAUAUUUAACUCAUCUUAUAAUUAUCAGGGAUGGAUCUUCUGAUAAAAACCAAUCUCGUAACGUACUAAAGUAGACUUUUCUCACUUUAAAUUGUUUUUUGCUCAGGCAAAGUUAUGAUCUAAGAAAAGAAAGUAAUCCCUUUGGAGCAAAAAAGGAGGUAUGUGAUUACAAUUAUUUCUUGUACGAAAGAUCUAUUGUCAAUAAUGGAAUGUUUGCUGCAUGUAAGUUGUAAUUGGGCAUGAACAAGUACAUUUUUCAGUCUCUUCUGUGACUCCAAGGUCAAGUUACAGCCCUUUUCUGUCUUUCCUUUGCCUUUGUUCGCGUGAAAGAUAACUGUGAACACAAUAUCCUUCUCUGGCGGCAUAGAUCUUCGGCAUAGUUACUAGCUUUCAGUUUCCAGAAAUUAGUUCAGCCAUUGUUAAAAGGUACAGAAAAGAAUGAAUUGUAGAUUUAACAGGAAAUAUGCUUUUGAAAUUUGCAGCAGGCAACAACAUUGCGCCUUCUGGCAAAUGCAUAUCUUGAUUGGGACUACAAAAACAACUGGCAGAUGGCUCUCAAUGCAACUGGUAACAAAUCCUGAAUACUUUAUCUUCCGCCAGUAAAUUUCAAGAACUUUAAGUCGUUAUUCACUUAUACUCGCUUUAUUAUGAUUUUAUAAUGGCAGAAGCUCUGUUGAGUGUGUAUGAAUCUUACAGAAUACGCUUAUCCGACACCCUGUUCCACUUUGACACAAAUUAAAAUUCAGUUUAACCUAAGAACUGUAAAAUUGUUGUUCUAUCACGUUUAAUCCAAUGCAUUUAGUAAACUUACUGCAGCCUUAUAUUCAGCAGCCAAGAUUAACCAUGUUUUUCUUUUGUUCCUCUUUAGACCUUGCAAACUCUGUAAGUACCUACAUUAUUUUUGCUAUGCAGAGGAGUUGAUGAGUUCUAUUUAGACUGUAUUUGAAUCCGAUUUGGAUACAUUCAAACAACUGACGUAUAUCCCGCUUUUCUACUUAGGAAUAUAGCCAUCCCGCUGGACUUUAUCUUAAAGCAAAACUACUUAUUAUGGGUAAUGGGGAAACGAUUCCACUUUCGAGAUUGAAGUCAGGUAUCAAACCUUUCCCUUAUACACAAUUUGCCGUUUUUUCAUUUAACGAGUACUGUAGGGACAUUAUAUUAUCUCAAAGUAACACGUUAAACAUGUAACAGAGCUUGAAUUGCUCUUACAUGGAAAAUAAACUGACUAUAGUCAAGGUUGUUCAAUUCAGGUCAGAUCUGGACAAUUCAGUAUUUGAGCAUGAAAAAGCUAUGAGAAUGUGUUUUUUUUUGUCCAGGAAAAAAGAAUAAAUCAAAGUUUUCCCAUGCAACUGUAUUUGUCGUGAAUUAAUACUGUUCUAGCGUUGAAGAAAGCAAGUUUUUGUUAACUUUUAUCCAGGGUAAUAUUUAAAAGAUAUGACGAUACUGCUCUGAUUCCUUGUCUCGAUUGUUUUAUUCCCUUUCCUUGCAGUUUUAGCAGAUUUCGGACCAUGAUGGACUGAGGGAAGGGGGGAGGGGGUAAAAUGAGCGCACAGUCGGCCUUACGUUUGAACUGUUAAGAGUUCCGACGUAAAAUAAGGACGUUCAUGCACCUUUUUACCUUAAGUCGUUUUUUCAUAACUAAAUCAGUAUGCCAUAUUCAUCAAUAUUUAACGUAAUUUACAUCUACUGGACGAGUAAACAGUAAUUAUCAUUCAAUAAAUUCAGGUAGGGUUUGUUUUAUUUAUAGCCUUUGAGGAAACUCUUCAGCACCCGGACUUAAAGGUGGAUCUUGGUUUGUGUGCAGUAAAUUUGGCAAUCCAGCAAAGCAGGUGGGUCGAUAAUUGGUAAAAUGAAGAUAUCUUUUAAAUGCAAGAGCAAAUUUAGUGGCAAGAAAAUCAUGUUUAACUGCACAUAAUUAUAACUUGUUAUAUAUGUUUUAUGGAUUGAACAAGUAAAUGUACGUGUACUAAUCCACGAACGUCAUAACGGGGUAUUCAUUAAUUUAAGGGAAGUUCCUAAUAAGGUUAGCGGGAAACCAAUUGUAGAAAUAGAAGCGUUAAUUUUGGCAUGUUUAAAACAUUCUGGCAAUCCAAGAUGAAGGCCGCUUAGAAGACCAAGAGAAAAAAGCACAACUUUAUCAAUUCUUGCUGAAAAUAAACAGAUAGUACUAGUCAUAAUUAAUGUGGUGAUAAAAUGAAGUUGAAUCUAUUUCUUUUUUAUUAUUGUCAGACCGGAAUUGGCUUUUGACUGUUUGGAAAUUCUGACUUCACGCUUCAAAAACUCUCCGGACCUUUAUAAGAUUCAACUUGAGCACUUGGUAAGUUACUAUAGCAAUUUCCAUUUAAUAAGGAAUACGGAAAACAUCUAAAGAUCUAAAAAUGACUUUUCCUCCUCUUAGGCCUACCGCAAAUCAUAAGGGAAUUGAGAUCAAGGCAAAAGCUGCGAUUAGGCUUUUUUCUUAAUUUUUGUUACUCUUACAGAAGUUUUUUGAUCAGAAAUGAAGGAGAUCAUGUUGCGAUUUUAAAGAAAAUUUAAGUGACAAACGGUCUACAUCAACUGAAUUCAUUACUCUUUGUCUGAAGGAACUCUUGUUAAAAAAUAAGAAGGAUGACGCAGCAAAGGAACUUAUCGAAAACUGCAUUGUUGGUAUGCAAGGCCUAGCUUGUUGAUACUUAUCUUUGAUCUCUUUUUUGUUUUCAUUUUAAUUAAUCGUUCUGAUUGAGUUUGAUCACGAUAGUGCACUGACAUCAUGAUUUGUUUGUUUGUUUGUUUGUUUGUUUUUUUGCUAAAUUGUUUUUCAGGUGAGAUGAGCAAAUCCGUUGAUUCAGAGAUGUUUCAAAGAUUCCAUAUUCUUUUGUGGGAAAAAGCGGCUGUUUGUUAUGAGGUUUCUAAAUGAUAAAUGACUGUUGUCGUUAACAUUAAUACUGUUUCAUUUCCUUUCGCUUUUGCAAAAGUAGCGUGGGUGCCCCUUAAUUUUUGUACGGUGAUAAUUAUUAUCGUGUAUAUUUAUUAGAAAAUCGAUCCUAUAAGUUUGGGAUAAUUCUAUUCACAAGGAACCAAGCUGACAGUAAACAUUUGUAAUGGUUCGAAUUCCCAUGGGAUACUCAUAUUUUCCUUUUUUCAACUUCUAUUUCUUCAGGCAAAAGACUACAAUGAAGCAUUAAACUGGUAUAAUUAUUCCUUGAGCCUCUUUUCCUCGAACGAGACAAACAGCAAAAGUAUUGCAAAACUGCAGGUUGGUAUGAAAAAGAAAUGAAAAGCGUUGCCAUGCUUCCAAUUAUACUACCUUUUUUAAAAUAACGGGAAUUGAUUUGCACGACAAACUCAUUUAGUGUGACCGAUACAGUAGUAAAUUGUUGGUUUUCAUUUAAAAAAAGAACGAUUUUUGAUUUGAAUUUAAUGCCAUUAGCUAUCUGAAUAAAAGAAGGAGAGUCAAGACAAAGUAUGCGCGCUUCUCGGAAGUUUUUACAUACGCAUCAAGCUAGUACAAUAUAUCUCUAGGUUAAACCUUGCUGAGUGGCAUACUGACGGUUGCUUUUACACCAUACAGACCAGAUACAGGGCUUACAUUUGUUACUCUAGUUAUCAUCUACUGAGGGCCUCGUGGGCCGCCUUUUGAAAUUGAAAAGGGCCCUUUUGUAAGAAAGGGAACCCACUCUCAGUCUGGAAUUAUGUACCAAAUGGUUUGAAAUUAACUUUGUUCUUUGGCCUAACCUCUUCUAAAACAUUUUCGUUAACUUUUUGCUGGUGAUCAAAACCAAAUGGGAAACAUCAUACCUGUUCUUUUUUUUUUUGCAGCGAAACAAAUGUUGUUGUUACAUGAAUCUUCAAGACUAUGAGAAGGUUUGACAAGAAGACCCUUUAGCUUAAGCUAUUUGCGGUUACAAAAAUAGCCCAUUGUACAGUUACAGGUGAAAACGAGGUUGGAGUUGACCUCGUUUUGAUACAGCCCUUCUUGCUUUAGUAUAUAAAUUAUGUUCUUAUGCUAACUAGUAUUUUUUAAGCAUAAGUUUCAUAAGAAAAGGAAAGAGGUUUGUAUCAAAACAAAGUCAUCCCCAGCCUCGCAUUCACUCAAAGGUCCUCAAAGACUAGGAUACUAAUCCCACAACUGUAAAAUGGUCUGUUGUAUCCCCAAAGUGAGAUAGCGGUUUAGGUCUAAGAUCUGGGCAGGGGGUUACUAAGACUAAAGAGGGUAUUACUUUUUGUCUUCACUCCUCGUAAUUAGGUGGAAACAAUGGUUAUUUCUUACGGUUCCAAGUCAUGUUGUCCAUCUGCACUCUUUUUCAACUAUACAGAGUGGCUUCUAGCUUAGUUUAAUUACGAACUCAGCCAGCCUAUUGCAGCCGCUAUUCCCAUAAGCCUUUUUAUAUUGAAACUGACCUACCAGGCUUAAUUGUCAAUAGUUUCUUUUAAUGGAGAGGUAGGACUGGUAUUUAUCUCAGUUAUUUAAAAGUUGAGUUAUUCCUUUUUGGUGCGUUUCUUUCCAGGCCAAAGAAGCCAUAAGAGAAGCGGAAGAAAAUGAUUCCGAGAAUGCUGUUGUUUACUUCUAUAAGUUUAAAAUAGCCCUCUUGGAAGGACAAGAUGACCUUGGUGAGCAUGGCUACAUCAUAACGACAUCAGGAAACCCCAAAACUAGUGAGAUAAAUAAUUCAUCUCUCCUAUGCAUACACCCUACACUUAGUAAAGUUAUGGUUAUUUUAUUUACGUCUAUUUUACCCGGGUCUAUCAUUUUAACUUCUAACAGCUUGUCGAUUCCAACCCGAACCGAAAUUGUGAGCAUCAGCAAGAGUGCAUGCUUAACAUAGUUUAUUUUAAUCACCAGCUGUGGACGCAAUGACUAAGAUGAGUGAAGUUGAUUCAAGGCAAGAUAAUAACAUAACAGAAACUGAUGCUCAUUUGUUGAUAUGUCUGGCUGCACAAUUGGCUUUAGAGGUACGCUCAUCAAUCGUUCUGCAUGAUGUUACUAUAGACUAAUACGUUUCUGCGUAAAAUCCUAGGUGAAGACUUACUACUCGGAUUAGAAUUUGUCUGUAGUACCGCGAAGGAAGCUUCAGUUGAUCCUUUGCGCCAGUAGAUGACAUAAAAACGCAAGUUGUUGUUGAGAAACAAGUUCCCAUCUGACCAUUCACUUAGUCUUUCUGGAGGAGGUGCACAGUUUCUUCUCCUAACAGAAAGAAAAAUAUUUGUCAAAAUGGACCGUAGUCCGUAAAUAGUACCAUGACUUUAUAAGUUUGAUGCACUUGUAACAGGACUGAUGUGUCCGAUUUACAAAUUUAUGAGAAGUUCAUGAAAGUUCAUGAAAUCUCAAUUCUACAAGCUUCUAGAACAUUCUAAGUGUUUUUUGUUUCAAAAUGAAACGUGUCUGGGACAGAUGUGGGGUUGGGCCAUUAAAGCCUAUCUAGAUAAGCUAAAUAGACGCGCCGCAAGUAUUUAUUGAAGGUCGAUCUAUCGGGGCUGAGGAGUUAAAAUCAAUACUUGGCUGGCCCAGCCUACAAGCACGCAUAAAUUAUCUCAAAUGCGUCUUAGUCCAUAAGUGUCUUCACGGAAUAGCGCCUUCGUACUUACUUUCAGAGUUUAGACGCGCGCACCUUUUCCAUGGCUAUAACACCAGAAGUCAUGAUUUGCUGCGCCCUCCCUUCGCAGAAACUACUAAAUACCAAGGUAGCUUCAGAAUAAACGGUGCUUGGACCUACAACACUCUACCGACAGCUGUACUGAGAAUCAUUAGACAAGUAGAGACCCUCAGUGAAUUCAAAAUCAAGCUAAAGCGCCAUUUUAAACAGUAACGCCAGCGGUACAUGUUGUCUUUGUAACUUAAUUAAUUGUCUAGUUUUAAUGUUUUAAUGUCUUUGUUUUUGUGUUGUGUCAGGGCUCCAUUUAAACUCGGCUCUGCUAAAUUGGAUGCCCCUGGAUAAAUAUUGAAUUUAAAAAAAAAAACACCCCAAAAAACCCAAUCAAUUUACUAGUAAGCUUUUUAUUUAGGAUGAUAAAUAUUAACAGUGUACUUUUUUGAGAGAAGGACAUCUCGUUUCUAAACUUGACAUUCCUUGGAAAACAAUUAAAUACCACUGUAACCUUUAAAGUAAUUAAACUUAGGGAACUCUUUUAUUUUAUGUUGAUACAAGUUUUUAAUAGUGGGAAACUUUGUACUAAUUUCAACCUAAGGCUUAAUCAUUAAGGCAAAUAAAAAGAGAGCUUCUAAGUAGCGAAACGGAUUUAGGAAGAAAGAUUUGGAGCGUCGAAAAAAGAAUUAAAGAGAGAGAGGUAGUAAGGAAGAAAAAAAGACAAGAACACUGUAGAAGUUUGACUGUAAGCCAACAGUAGCUAAAGAGUACACUGUUAAUAAAAGGGUAGCAGUUUGACUGAUUGGUUGUGGUGAGUUCCUCUCGCCUCGCCGUUCCCCCUAAACGUCACGAAGUUCGUUUAUCACAUUUAUUAUACAUUUUGUGAGACGAACAUACUUUGCAUGCUACAACCGAUUGUUAAGCUUAUUUAUUUAUUUAUUUCUCCUAAAAAAACUAACAAAGAUAAUGAACUAUUUAAUGUCCCAAAAACUGAUAGUUAAGAAAAAGAAGGCGAAUAGUAAAGCUUGUUGAUAAGGCCUCGUCAAUUAAAACAAGUGAUUUACUUGUGAUGAUGAUGUCUUGAUAGUUUUACAAAAUGGAAAUCAUCACGUCAACAAUGAAAGAGGAAAUUUGGGGGGGGGGAGGAGUGCCUUUAACCUUGCAGGGGACUUCGUGUCCUAUUGUUCAUUUUCACCUUUUAUAUAAAUUUGUUAUGUAUUCUUAAUCUGCAAAUAAAUAAAUAAAUACAAUACAGUUAUUUAAAUCUCUUGUCAAAACAGAAGUCACUAAAUAUUUGAGAAGUAAAAGUAAAUUUCAUUGUAUCUAAGAUAGGUAAUAUUUAUUACAGAUAGAGGUUUUUAAGUUUUUGUAAACUUUGUUCUUUAUACUUUAUGUCUUUUAGCAAAAGAACCAUCAAGUAACCGUCAGUGCUCUGGAACAGGUCAUAGCUACUAGCAGUGAUAAUCAACAAGUUUUAACGUCACUUAGGUAUGACUAUCUACAUGUAUCUCUUUCUUUUAUAUUAGUUAUCUGUUAUCUCUUUUAAGCGUGCGAACUUCCUUGGUAAAUAACGUCUUUAGCCAAAUGUAACCUACGAUUAACAUAUCAUUACCGAUUUUUAAAUUGAGUGAACUGAUCCAAUUCUUUUUUAAACCCUGUGAAUGAUUUUUUUUUCUAUUUAAACAAAUUAGAUGCUUGUCAAGGUUAAAGCUCACAGAAAUUUCAGAUUCAGGAACAAGGUAAAUCAACAAUGAAAUAUUUUUCGGCUUUCUAUAUCCUAACAUUUACAAUUGUUACCAUAUUCUGCAACAGAACUGCCCCUUAAUAGGUUUUAGGUAAUUCUAAAACAAAUCUCAUAAACUCCAAUUCUGAUGAUUUUUAACUCAUUAUUUUUUUUUAGGAGAGAUGUUACCUCUUUUCUUCGCUAUCUACAGAUCGGUAAGUUGAGUACCUAAGAACAAUCCAAACUGAGAAGGCAUACUUUUCGCUAUUGAUAUCACUUGAUUGAUAAACUUAAGUUUUCCAUAAUUAUUGUGUUCAGGUUAUUUCUAAAACCUCUACUUGUAAUAGGGCUUUCACAUUUUCUGGCAUACAACUUUCUCCUGCUAGCCUCCAAAAGCAUACUUUGUAAAUCUCUUUUUCUCCGCUUCGUUGCAGAGAUAAAUUUACCGUCACUUUUAAUUCUUGAUAGCCUGCGAAUACAACUGCUUCUCUUUUCUCCUCGCGAAACGUCCUUAGCUGCGAGGAGCAAGGAGAAACGGCUGUAUUCGCAGGCUACAUUCUUGAGGGCAGCGAGUCAUGAGUCAGUGGGGGCAAAUUCUCCUGCCCCACAAAUAAAACAGCAUGUUCGGUUCUCUUACGAUUUCGAAUACGAAACUAGUUAUUCGAGUAUUUGAUCGUUUCUAGGACUGUGGCAAUGGGCAUUCUGAAACAUGAUUCAGGCCGUCCCCUGCAUCCGACUGUGUUAACUUAGUUCCGGCACUGACAAAACAGUUUACAGAAAAUAAAUAACUUAAAAAAAUAAUGAAGAUCAUUAACACGACUUCUUGGAAUUAUUUCUUAGCGUUGGAUCGCUUGUCUCAGAUGCACGGUGCAGGCGAUACGCAUGUGUAUGUAGAGGCGAUGUGGUUUAUGAAAAUCGGUAAGCUGCUUACUUAUUACGAAGAACGGACAACGAAUGUCUGUUUUUUACCAUGCAACGUUCCCUUAUAUACCAACUUUGAUUCUGUGAGCGGAAAAUGCAGACAAGACCUAAAGGUUGGUGGCUUGAAAAAGACGCUCCAAAAGAAAGUUUUAUGACCAUGGUAUGUGUCUUUUAACUAAUCCGAUUCUUCCAACCGCCGGCCCGGUUAUAUCAUUGGUAUUCGAAAAGAAUAGGGCAAGUUUCCUCGGUGGUGUUUCCCCCCCUCAUGCACGUAUAGUUCCUGAUAUCCUAAGGGGUCAUCCUUGGCUGCAUGGGUUACAGCAAGCUCAUAAAUGGAGAAAUAGAAUCGUGAUAAAAUGUCAACCAAGAAUACAUGCUAUACUUUUCUGGUAUAGCAGGUUGCUUGAGUUUAAAAUUAGCGGCAAACAUUCUAAUAAUUUCCUCUUGGUAGGCAAACGGACAGACUGAUACAGAAUGAUAUAUUCAAAGACCUUGCAUUCGACUUCUGCUUAAGUAUUAGUGCUCGGAUAUUCAACAUAGGAGUUUACCCCUAAUUACACUUCUAAUGAAAUCUUUACUCUUAGCUUGGAAUGUUGCACUGGAAAGUACUGAUAAUAGCUUGGAAAUGCAAGAGCUUUUCCUGCGUUGUUAUAAGGUAGAAGUGUACAAUUUAAGUUACAUUUACUAAUAUAACUACCCCUCUGAUAACAGCCAUUAAAUUUAUGUCUAAAGAAAUGGCAUAUUUGCAACGUAUUUGGAAGUAGUUUAUGCCGGGAGUCUUGUAAGUUAUAGGUUCCUUCAAAACAUUUCACUUUUUUUCAAAAUUAUAAAUAAAUCAAUGAAAGUUAUUGAUGAAAAUGCCCUUAAAAAGGUUGACUUUAAGAAAAGGCACAGAAACGAGUCCAAUUUAGAUUUAACCAGCUAAUAUUUGUUUUUGUUGUGUGUGUUAUGUAGUUUUCUUGCCUUUGUCCCGUGGAAUCUUCUAACUUCGUUCGUCAAAAGAAUUGCCUUGUGAUGGCUGCUGCAUCUGCUGUUCAAGCAGCAAGAGAACAAGACAAAAAUAGCCAAGAAGAGAAGGUUUAUGUUACUUCCUAUAACAUUUUCUGUGUUCCUAAUUCAUGUAAUCAAGAACAGUAACUUAAAACUUUUGAACUGGUCGGACAUGCAUUCUGUAUCGUUCUGGAAGGUCUGUUAAAUUAAUUGCUCAACCACGACCUCUUUUUUGUUGCAUAAAAUAACAGAUAGGACCGAACUCUUGUACAAACACGAACCGCACGAGCAAGUUGAAGGGUGGCCCUUGGAAACUGGAGAAGCUCUCGGAAUACAUGAGUGCAAUGUAACCGUAGAGAAAAGAGGAAUAGUUCAUUGGGGAUCAGACACAAAGAGAGUUGUUAGUUGUAUAAAUGACGUAGAAAUAUUUAUGUUGUUCUAAUCAAAUACUUGUUCCUUAUUGUAGAAAAAGCUAUUAAGGCAGUGUUUGGAGCACGUCGAGACAUGUCGUGAUCUUCGCAAAAAGAUGGCUGGGGGUGGCGUAGUGAGUCAAAAAGGUAAAUUGAGUACGCCUUUAUUUAUCGAUCUGUUUUUCGCAUCUUUAUCUAACUUUAUUCCUGAAGUUAUAAUAUUCCAAUAGAGCUAAUUUUGGUACUUUUUUCAGACGAAUCGUUUAUACUGCUCACUCUGUAUGAGUUCGAGGCCAAGGUGCAACUUGGUACUGAUUCAGACCUAUAUGAAUGUUUACACGCAGCGGAAGCUUUGCCACACACUGAUGCAAGUACCUUUGAAACUCUUGCUGGUAAUCAACUUGCAGAUACGUUUAUAUGUAUAAUUUUCUGUUGAAGAUAAAAAGGAGAAGACUGUGGUAUCCAAUUGGUUAACGCACGAUAUAACUAAACUCGACAACAAAUUAAAAACGGUGGUCAGAAAUUUUUUCAUUUUCUGUUACAAAGUUUUAAGAAAAUUGUUUGAUACAUGGAAUUAUAAGACUGUGACAAGUCUUGUACCAGUUGUACACCAACUUUUGUAUAUGUUGGAAAUUUCUCUACUAUUUCUUUGACCAUAUGAAAUUGCACGUGUCAUUAACUUGUAAUACUUCCAACAAAACAUCUUGCUUUACUAACGCAAUUGUUUUACAUUUGGUGAAUUUUUCUGGCUCGGUGAAGCCAUUGCAGUCGAAUCUCCUACUUGUAACAGAGAGAUAAGUAUGAGAGCUUUGAGAGUUGCUAUCAAGAAACAUCUUGCAAUGGAAUCAGUGGACUUCGCUAAGUUGAGGUAGCAAUCCUAUAUAUAUUUAUACAGGUGUUUGUUCAUAUCGGCAGACAUUUCCAGCUAUAUGCUUGGUUAUUAUAAUAUAUUAUCCACUGACUCCUCUAUGUCUCAUGCCUUACUUAAUUGCUUACUAACUAACUUCCUUCCUUACUUUAACUCUUCUUUGCUUUCUUUCUUUCUAAUGUAGCUACUGUGUACGUAAUUGAUUGAAAUGUUCAUAAGAAAUAGAAGCCAACGAGAUAACACUAGUUUAAUUGGUCUCUCGACACCAAAAUUAUAUUUCCGUGAUCUGUGCAAGAUGUUUAAUUAAUGAAGGUAAAGUAUAGGUUUCAGUUUUAAUUUUAGUUCUCUGAAUAACUAAUUAUUUAAAGCGUCUACCAUAAUUAAAUACUGAUAUCUAAUAAUUACCCUUGUUCAGUAAAGCUUUUCACAGUCUGGUAUAUCAUGCAUUAAGCAGUGGCAGUAGUAGUGACGCUGAGAGCAAAGAAGAGGCUUUGGCUAUAUACCAAGACAUUUGUGAACUCAUCGAGAACCAGGCAAAGGUAAAAUACUACAGACUGAGUAUUGUACGCUCAUCCAGUGUCUCAGAAAAGCUCAUGGACCCUUAUCGGUGCUAAAAGAUAUAUCAAAUGGUAUAAAACCUUUCUCAGUUUUGAUAUAAAUCAGUUGAUGAGAAGUUACCUCUAUUUCAGGGAUCGUAUCCCGAAGUUCAAAUCCUGUGGCUCAUGACGAAAGCGUGGAACUGUGGGAUAAACCUAUUCAGGUAAAUAAUCAUAUUACGUAACACCGGGACGCUUACAGGUAAUGUCGUAGAAAAAAGUUUUCACUGACAGCUGAAAAUAUUAGGGAUCAAUGAGCCUCGAAAGAAAAACGGAAUCAAGGUAAAACCGGUCGACCUUCCCUCUUUGCUUAAUCGAACAUGUGGCUUAAAAAGAGGGUAGCCACAGAUUCAGUGUCGGCUUCCUGACACGUUUUGAUGAGUUCACUUUUUAAAAGGAUAUGUAUAAUUUCGUCGCGCAGACGAUACGCAGAUAGAUUUUGCAUUCAUUGCUUCAAAUCUAGCGAAUUUGCAACCUCAGUUGUGAGUAGUCGAACAUAAACGACAUUCGGUAUCUGUAUCAGUCAGUCUCUAUUUCCGUUAAGCACGAGCACAUUGAAAUCAGACAGCACUUCACCUGCUUAUAUUAACAUCAUGCUUUCUUCAAAAUACUUAAUUCAUCAUUAAAAAACAUUAGAGCAUGUAAAAAAACUGUGAUGUACUAGCUUUACCAUGUUUCUUGUUCACAGUGCCAGUAGACAUGAGGCCGGAGAGAAGUGGUGUUCGCUGGCCAUGAGACUACUGCAUCAUUUGUCUACAUUUAAGUGCAACUAUCAAGAAAAGGUCAGCUCAACUCUCUGUUGAUUACACGGUGAUAAAUCCCUUUCAAGUUAAAGCCUUUUUCAGGUGUCCCUCACUUCUUCCUGGUUUGUUUUCGUCAAUUUGACUCAAGCUACAGAGUAUGUGACAGAGAACAGGUUCUUGGCUACUUAAAAAAUUCAGUAAUAAGGGUAACUCCCCGGGGUCUGGUAUAGGUUAAAAGGGUUCCCGGGUCACAGCGGCACAUCCCCACCCAGAAAUUCCUAAAGUACCCCCCCCUCCACCGGGGGGUAACUCCAGUCACGAACCAUCAAAGGCCGUAUAUCAUUAUUUAGUUAAUAUCCACUUUAUUGUUUCUUUAGAUGACCAAGGUAUACGGUGAUCUUCUGGAUCGUAUGGAAAACAACACAUUCAAGCGCCAAGUUGAAGAGUGACAAAAACUGACCGUCUAAUUAGGCAGCAGAAAAUACACAUUUCUGGGAAAAACAUUCUUAUAGUUAUACUUGGCGGUUAUGUAUAUGCAUCCGGCAUGGACUAGCUUUGAUUGAGUUUUGUUCCAAGGAAAUCAUAAGAUUUAUUUUACUACAUUCCUCGUUUUCGUAAAAGUCUAUUUGAAAAACCUAUAUUUCUAUUGCACAUAACGAUAUGCUCUAACAUGGAAAGAGAAAUUCGCGCAGUUAUAGUUUUGCUUAAGAAGUGGUUCCUACGUCUUUG